GGUGCGGUCACUCGGCGGAGCGGAGGGUAGCGGUUCGCAGCGGACGCGGCUAUGGCGGACAAGCAGGGAGCGAGAACUGACCGCAGCCAGCGGGUCCCGGACACCUUCAGCGAAGAGACCAACGCUAGCCUUGGUGUGUGUGGAUGGCUGCUAGUGAUCAUUUCAUUCUUCUUCGUCCUUAUUACCUUUCCAUUCUCAAUCUGGCUGUGCAUAAAGAUCAUAAAGGAAUAUGAGCGAGCCAUCAUCUUUAGACUUGGACGCAUCGGAAGGGGUGGAGCAAAAGGACCAGGUCUAUUCUUCAUCCUGCCCUGCACAGACAGCUUCAUCAAGGUGGAUAUGAGGACAAUCUCAUUUGAUAUACCUCCCCAGGAGAUCCUUACCAAGGACUCUGUGACAGUUAACGUGGAUGGAGUGGUUUAUUACAAAGUCCAGAAUGCCACCCUUGCUGUUGCAAAUAUCACAAAUGCUGACUCGGCCACCCGGCUCCUGGCACAAACCACCCUGAGGAACGUUUUGGGGACCAAGAACCUCUCUCAGAUCCUGUCUGAUCGAGAAGAAAUUGCACACAGCAUGCAGGUCACACUCGAUGAGGCAACAGAUGAAUGGGGAAUUAAAGUGGAACGCGUGGAGAUUAAGGAUGUAAAGUUGCCAGUCCAGCUACAGAGAGCAAUGGCUGCUGAAGCAGAAGCUGCCCGGGAGGCAAGAGCCAAGGUAAUUGCGGCUGAGGGUGAAAUGAACGCCUCCAGGGCCCUGAAAGAAGCCUCUAUGGUUAUUUCAGAGUCCCCUGCUGCCCUUCAGCUUCGCUACCUGCAGACUCUGACCACCAUCGCUGCGGAGAAGAACUCCACCAUUGUCUUCCCCCUGCCCAUAGACAUGCUGCAGGGCAUCAUGGGUGCAAAACGCUAAACUGUUGGGAUGUAGUGGGAAAGGGAUCUUCCCCAGCAGGACUGGUCUGUGAAACCAAAUUAGCUGCUAAAGCUUAAAGCAAUGUUAGCAGAGGGGAUCUUUAAAGGGGCCUUUUUUGUGUGAUGCUUGUGUGUAUGUGAGUGUGACUGAUCAAAAUCUUCUGCAAUUUAUAUAAACAAACUCUGCUCUUAAUUUCAAAUAGAUGCUUGUUUUAAUGUUCCUGUGGGUCACAAGCGUUUCUAACCUGCACACACAUCCCGUUUGCAAAUUAGAUGACCACUUUGUGUGAAGAGCUCACUUCUGGAAGGGCUGUGAGAUGAUCACACACCAGAGAAGUGGUUACCUCUCAUCAACCACACACACUCUCUGAGGUGAUGUUCCCUUUAGAGAAAAGGGUCCCUGGAGCUGGGUGUGGAGGGAAUGUAAGCUGGAGUCUCUUGGUAGCCACACACUGUUCCUUCAGUUCUGCCCAAUUGCUAAAGUAAAACAAUGUGUAUACUCGAUCUCUCUGAAAAUCAGGUCAGUGGCUUCUUAAAAUGCAGUCUUCCCUCUUGCAAGAUGCAGCAGUUUGCCAGGACUGCUGAAAUUAAACUUUCCACCCCUGCCUUGCUGUAACAGCGGAAAAGGUAUGAGCACACUGUAGUUAUGGAUACAGUGUUUGUAUACGCUAUCCAGUUGUCACGGUUUGUCUGUCUGUAUUGAUUAAUGCCUUUUUUAAAGCAUUUAAAAUGUCUCGAUCUGCCUUUAUUUGUGCAUCCGCUUUUUAAAGGAAUGUUCCUUUUUUUUAAAAAAAAUCUGAGUUUUGUUUGUAAAUAAGUAGCCUUUUUUGUCUUGAUUUUAAAUCUGCUUGUAAACAAUUUGAAGUGCUGUAUGUUAGUCCUAAGACUUGCAUCUCUUGCAAAUAAGGUAAUUUUAAAGUCUUGUACAUCAUUUUUUAUAAAAGAUCUAUACACAGCUUUUCUGUCUGUUAGAGGAAAUUGGUGACUAUUUUUACUUGUUUUCUGCUGAAAAGCAACAUUUGACAUUCAACACUUACCGUUGUGAUUGCAUACUGUGUGAAGAUUUCAUAACCUUUUACCUUGUUAAUCUUAGUACAAUGUAUGGUACAAAUUAAACAGUUCUGUGUUCCAGUUUUAAAGAAUGAUGCAAGAAAAGAGAAUUCGCUAUUUGGUCCACUAUUUCAACAUUCAGGCAACUCCUCUCUUUUUCUGAUCUCAAUUGGAUUACUUAUUUGUAGUUUGGAUUCUCUCUGACUCCCUUUCUAGUGUAAUACUAGAAGUUUCAUUGCUUUGAUGUAUCCAAUUGAUAUUGCUCUGAGCAGUGCUACUAGUUUUACAAAUCUCUGUCUCAUCUGACUGGAAGCAAAUGAUCAUAACAGAGAGAGCAAACAGGAAAUUAAAAUUCUCACGGUGAUUUGCAUAUAUAGCUAACCCCAGAAGCAUGUGGCUUCUUCAGUUCUGUUCAAUCCUCGCCUUCACGUGCUUAUCUCUGAAAUGCACAGCCAUAUCCUGCACCUGUUUAGCGGAUGUAAUUAGAGAGUGUGGUGAGAUGUUGAGCCAGAUUCUGCACUGGAACAACUCCACUGAGCUGGGCCCAUCUUUAAGCACGGGGUAGUUGGAGUGGAGGACAAAAACAAACCUAAAGACAAUGAUGGAUUCCAGAAGUGCCCUUGUUAUCAUGCUGCCCUUAAUAAAGUAUGUAUUUUCUUG